UCGCGCGAUCGUUGUCAUUCUGAGUUUCUCAUGCGCUCCAACUCUAUGUGAAAGAAGGAAACGUUUCAUUUCGCUGUGACGGGACUGCUCGACUGAAGACGCACAGAUAACGACACCAAUGCAAGAAUGGGUCCAUCUAACAUAACAUCUUCAACGGUUAAUGAUUCACAAGUGUGCGCCUCAAUCGAUGACUUCCGUAACCAAGUCUAUUCAACAGUAUAUUCUAUCAUCACCGUCUUAGGGCUGAUGGGCAAUGGCUUUGCAUUGUACGUGCUCCUUCGUACCUACCGUCAGAAAUCAUCCUUCCACAUCUACAUGCUCAACUUAGCCGUAUCAGACCUGCUGUGUGUCAGCACUCUGCCACUACGGGUGCUGUACUACGUCAACAAAGGGCAGUGGAACCUGGGGGACUUUCUCUGCCGCUUAAGUUCCUACGCACUGUAUGUCAAUCUCUACUGCAGUGUCUUCUUCAUGAUGGCCAUGAGUUUUACCCGCUUUCUAGCAAUUGUGUUCCCAGUGCAAAACCUGAGGCUAGCCACUGAGAAGAAGGCGUGGAUAGUUUGCGUGUGCAUUUGGGUCUUCAUUUGCACCACCAGUUCACCCUUCCUCCUCUCUGGACAGCAUACUGAUCCAAAGUCUAACAAAACCAAGUGUUUUGAACCACCAGAAACCUCCAAAAGCCUGGAUAAACUGAUCAUGCUGAAUUACUUUUCCCUAGUGGUGGGUUUUAUUAUUCCCUUCCUGGUCAUCUUGCUGUGCUACGCUGGUAUCUUGCGCGCUCUACUUAGAAACACUAACGGUGCUAACAAGCAGCGUUACACACGUAACAAGGCCAUUCGGAUGAUUGUUGUGGUGAUGCUUGCUUUCUUGGUUAGUUUCAUGCCCUAUCAUAUACAACGCACCCUUCAUCUCCACUUCAAAAACCGCAAAGAAGCUAACUGUGAGGAGAUUAUUUAUAUGCAGAAGUCUGUGGUCAUCACCCUCUGCCUGGCUGCCGCUAACUCAUGCUUUGACCCAAUGCUCUACUUUUUCUCUGGAGAGAAUUUUCGACAUCGACUAUCCACCUUCCGAAGGGCUUCUGGAUACAUCAUUGGAACUCAUAAAAGCCGCCAUGCUGUCCAAAGCUCCCCGCCUGUGGAAGAGAGUGAAUUGCAAAGUUGUAACGGUUCAAACAAACUCGGGUAGAGGCAAUGGAAUUGCUGAUUUUCUGUCAAUGCAGAAGCAGACUACUUGAGACUAAAUAAAUAUUAUUAUUCAAAGUAGUUUUAAGAAGAAAGUAAAUAAGAGGUUCUUAUGUUCUACAUUUGAAUAUUAAGACUGUAAAAUGCCACUGUGGAUCUUGUGCAUGAUUCUAAACAAUAUACAUUUCAGAUAUAUACAGAGUUCUGGAAUGAAACUCUAGAUGGCGCAGUUCGAUAUGUCUAACUCAAUCUGACCUAAUGACAUCAUUAUCACAUGGCACAGUUGAUUGGUUCUCUCCUGUAUCGGUAGCCAAUG